UGUUAUUGUGAGCUGUAAAAUUUCUUUUUGCGCAGUUCUAUCAUAACGUAGUGAGGUGUGAUUGCGACGCCCGAAACUAAACCACGCCUCCCAUCAGCAACUUCUUCAUAAACACCUGCAUGUGGCUCUCAGAGAACACUGAGUAUGUCAGUCUUGAGGUGGUGUGUGUCUCCCUGCGGUCCCGUGUUUCCAGACAAACUUUAGAGUUGGUGCAGCAUUAGUAGACUACAGGCCAGAGUUGACAUCGAUCAGCAAUAAUUUGCCGAGGCUUUUUUUGUUUUUGAAACUUUUCCUUAUUAUAUAACUUAUUUGUUUAUUCAUCCACUUUCUGCAAUGUCUUCUAACUGUAACAACAGCGUAGGCCUUAACUGCCCUAUUCCCAGUCGCGUUGAGCAGUCGAAAGACUGGUCUCAGCUGCCCUACAGUCAGACGCCCGGAGGCACCCUGUUCUCCACGACGCCUGGAGGUAAGUUAUGCAAAAAUAACGGAAUUCUGCCAACUACUUGGCAUAUUGAACAGGGGCGUCAUGCACCACAAUCUGAGGGGGCACAAAGUAGGUGAGGAUGGCUGGGAGGGGGGCUUUUUCAUUUUUCAAACACCUGAAACGACUUAUCUAGAGUCAUAAGCAUAUGCUUAAUUCUAUGUCAAUGUCUUUCUGCAUAUCUAAGCAUACCUCUUGAGCUGUCUGUAUCCUCCUGAUUGGUGGUUCUAUUUAAAAAAAAACUAAAUAUGCUUCUCUGCUAAAAUCUGGGUAGAAGAUUGAAAGGAAUGUGAGUCUUAUUCAGUACAUUUAGUUAUUGCCUGCUUUUCUAAAGUCUACCAACCUUGCCAGCAGGCAUGCCAGCUAAGAUGGUUAGACAAGCUAGCUACUCUAACUUGAUAGCUACACUGAACAAAAAUAUAAACGCAACAUGUAAAGUGUUGGUCCCAUGUUUCAUGAGCUGAAAUAAAAAAUCCCAGAAAUGUUCCAUAUGCACAAGGUUAUUUCUCUCAUUUUGUGCACAAAUUAGUUAACAUCCCUGUUAGUGAGCAUUUAUCCUUAGCUAAGAUAAUCUAUCCACCUGACAGGUGUGGCAUAUCAAGAAGCUGAUAAAACAGCAUGUCAUUACACAGGUGCACCUUGUGCUGGGGACAAUAAAAGGCCACAUUAAAAUGUGCAGUUUUGUCACACAACACAAUGCCACAGAUGUCAAAAUUUUGAGGGAGGGUGCAAUUGGCAUGCUGACUGCAGGAAUGUCCACCAGAGCUGUUGCCAGAGAAUUUAAUCUUCAUUUCUCUACCAUAAGCUGCCUCCAAUGUUGUUUUACUGGCCUCACAACCACAGACCACGUGUAAUCACGCCAGCCCAGGACCUCCACAUCUGGCUUCUUCACCUGCAGGAUUGUUUGAGGGGGGUGGGGGGAAUUCUGAGGAGUAUUUCUGUCUGUAAUGAAGCCAUUUUGUGGAGGAAAACUCAUUCUGAUUGGCUGGGCCUGGCUCCCCAGUGGAUGGGCCUAUGCCCUCCAAGGCCCACCCAUGGCUGCACCCCUGCCCAGUCAUGUGAAAUCCAUAGAUUAGGGCCUAAUGAAUUUAUUUCAAUUGACUGACUUCCUUAAAUGAACUGUAACUCAGUAAAAUCUUUGAAAAUGUUGCAUUUUAUAUUUUUGUUCAGUAUAGUUACAGUGAGGGGAAAAAAGUAUUUGAUCCCCUGCUGAUUUUGUACGUUUGCCCACUGACAAAAAAAUGAUCAUGGUGCGUUUAUUCGCAAAUGGGAAGAAACACAAAAUAAACUGUCAAUUCUACUGGCUAUGGGGCUCCAUGCAAGAUCUCACCUCGUGGAGUUGCAAUGAUCAUGAGAACGGUGAGGAAUCAGCCCAGAACUACACGGGAGGAUCUUGUCAAUGAUCUCAAGGCAGCUGGGACCAUAGUCACCAAGAAAACAAUUGGUAACACACUACGCCGUGAAGGACUGAAAUCCUGCAGCGCCCGCAAGGUCCCCCUGCUCAAGAAAGCACAUAUACAGGGCCGUUUGAAUGAUUCAGAGAACUGGGUGAAAGUGUUGUGGUCAGAUGAGACCAAAAUUUGGCAUCAACUCAACUCGCCGUGUUUGGAGGAGGAGGAAUGCUGCCUAUGACCCAACCCCCGUCAAACAUGGAGGUGGAAACAUUAUGCUUUGGGGGUGUUUUUCUGCUAAGGGGACAGGACAACUUCACCGCAUCAAAGGGAUGAUGGACGGGGCCAUGUACCGUCAAAUCUUGGGUGAGAACCUCCUUCCCCUCAGCCAGGGCAUUGAAAAUGGGUCGUGGAUGGGUAUUCCAGCAUGACAAUGACCCAAAACACACGGCCAAGGCAACAAAGGAGUGGCUCAAGAAGAAGCACAUUUAGGUCCUGGAGUGGCCUAGCCAGUCUCCAGACCUUAAUCCCAUAGAAAUUCAGUGGAGGGAGCUGAAGGUUCGAGUUGCCAAACAUCAGGCUCGAAACCUUAAUGACUUGGAGAAGAUCUGCAAAGAGGAGUGGGACAAAAUCCCUCCUGAGAUUUGUGCAAACCUGGUGGCCAACUAGAAGAAACGUCUGACCUCUGUGAUUGCCAACAAGGGUUUUGCCACCAAGUACUAAGUCAUGUUUUGCAGAGGGGUCAAAUACUUAUUUCCCUCAUUAAAAUGCAAAUCAAUUUAUAACAUUUUUGACAUGCGUUUUUCUGGAUUUUUUUGUUGUUAUUCUGUCUCUCACUGUUCAAAUAAACCUACCAUUAAAAUUAUAGACUGAUCAUGUCUUUGUCAGUGGGCAAACGUACAAAAUCAGCAGGGGAUCAAAUACUUUUUUCCCUCACUGUAUGAGGUUGGGAGAUUGGUAACCAAUCUGUGCUAGCAAAAGCCAACUUCAUAAAGUUGCUCGGUGGCUAGUAGUAUUACAGGGAAACCAACAUUUUUUUUAUUAUUUUUAUUUUUUUAAACAGGACAAAUCUGAGGGCAUGAUGCCUCUGAUAUUGAAAAACACACUGAUAUGCCUUGGAUUGUACUGUAGCUACUAGUUUGGAGAAUAAAGCACCAGUACCUAAAGAUAGACAUCAGGAGCUCUGUGCCGCUUUUGUGCCAUUUUGUUUUUACGAACUUAUGUACAGUACUUACAUUCCUAUUGCAUUAAAUGCACUUUGACCUGUUUCCAUAAUUUUAGCUGCAUCCGUUUAUUGUUUGGAUCAAUCAAUUACAGAUUAAAUUAUCUGUCAAGAUCUGUGGGAGUGUACGUUUAACCCUUAUUUUACCAGGUGAGUUGACUGAGAACACAUUCUCAUUUACAGCUACGACCUGGGGAUUAGUUACAGGGGAGAGGAAGAGGGAUGAAUGAGCCAAUUGGAAGCUAUGUGUGUGAGGAGGAUAAAUCAGCAGCCUUUCAGGGAAAACUGAGGGGAUUGAGAUCCAGAGAGUAAUGAAUAACUGUAUGACAACAGGUACAUAGGUGUGAUUUGUAUUAUGCUUCUGUUAUCAGUACAGUAUAUGAAAUAUGUCGGAUCAGCAGGUUCUCUGAUAGUUGCCUAGUAGUGCAUGAUCAGGAUCAGAUAAUUGUGAGCGCUUAUACUUGGAAUCACUGAGGGGAUCUUUGUAGUGUAGGUGCAGAACUCCAGCCUUUGGACCCCCCCUCCCUAGUCUACCCCUUCUGUUCAGGACACACUGCAGUCUCAGGAGUUGAGUUGCAUAACAUGUUUUCCCUGCCUUUUAUGACCAGAUACAGUGAGUGCAAAAUGGGAAAAGUACAGGAUUGAAAGUAAAGACCUCCUAUUUUUCUAUGUAGCCUGCACUAAUAGUCCAUUGGAUAACUAUUGUGCACAAGAAUACCUCAUGAUCUAGACACACUGCUGCACCUCAUGACUGGUACUACUGUCUGUGUUUUCUCUCUGAGAGACACUUUAAGCCCUUUGUUAUCAUUACAGGAACCAGGAUCAUCUAUGACAGAAAGGUCCUGCUGGAGUGUCGGAAUUCACCGAUCGCGCGCACCCCCCCAUGCUGCCUCCCCCAUAUCCCAGGGGUCACGGUGCCGGCCCUGCACCCUCUGGGCAAGCUGAAGGAGAUGGAGGAGAACAAAGACUUCUCAGGUAAGCCCUUAUACUAACAGUGAGUACUGAAUACCCUAUGAGACCCACUAGCCUCUUGCCCCAGCCAGGCCUUUUGGUCACCUGCUCUCCCAAAGCCGUGUGGACUCAUCUCCCACAUGGCUUUGUAGCAGAUACCGUAUGUGCUUUUGUGUGCAGGUGCGCACCUACUGAGCAACUCAAAAUAACACCUUUUCAGGGCUCCUCUAAGAAAAACUUGGAACAGGUUUUAACUUGUUUUGUUCUUAGAAGCGGUGCAAGGACAGUUAAUUAAGUAAUUGCACUCAUUCCGUCGUAAUAGUUCACAGUGAAGGGAAACAGAAAGCAGUUGCUUAUGUCUGAAAUGUGUCUAGGAGAACUAUACAUUUGUUUCACGGUGCAUUUGUUUAUAUCCUGAGAUAAAAAUACAGUAUCUUCUUGUCAUUCAGUCCCUGUCACUAGAUUUACUCUAUCGUGUAUUCAGAUGAUGUUCUGAUGUCUCUCCUCCCUAACUUGCCUAAUUUUUCUGUCUCCUUAAAUUUCACAAAUAAAUAUGAGGGGACAGGUGGCUUGGUUCAGGCGGAUGUUAAUAAGUACUUUAUUUCAGAUAAGGAAGGUACAUAGGCCUAUUGUCAUCAGUGCAGUGUGUAUGAGGUGGCAAAUGGCCAGACUCUCACCUAGUGUGCAAACCAGUCAGUUUGUGUGUGUUUUGACUUUUUUGUACCAGCACUAGGCCAAGUUUCAAGGUGAACCGCUCCAUGAGAAAAGCAAACAAAAAUCUGUCAAGCUGCUGGCCAAGCCUUGUGCUGCAUAUCUUGUGACCACCCCAUUUAGGUUGCACGUGCCAGAAAGGGCUCUAUCAGUGUGCAUAGCUUCUUGGAAAUUCAGGAAAGGAUAUGUCCACAAAGCUGACUUGUGUUCUCUCUUCUGUCCCUACAGCUGAUGAUGCCCAGUUUGUAAUUGACAUCUGAACCUACUCAUCCAAACCAGCUCUGUUGGAGAAAUUGUAUUCCGUUCAGACCACUGGGUGGUCUUUCUACUGGUCAGCGGACAGAACACUCACUUUAUAUUCCCUUCUGUUAAAUCCUGGUGGAUGACUCAAGAACCGUUAAAUGCUCAGAGUUGAUCUCUGAGGCUAGAGGAAGAACUCUGGGUACAUUUUGUAAGGGUGGCUGCAGUCAGUCUGCUAGCUGUGCCAAGGAGGGUAACACAGAUUGUUCUGCUGCUUUUAUCUUGAUAUACUAUUUAUUCUGUACACUUGGUACUUUUGUUUUUACAGGAUUAAUUCAUGUAUAAUUAGACUUUUUUUGUGGGAACAAAUAUUUUCAUGUUGCAUUUUUAUAUGUGAUAUGUGGGUUGGCAGCCGAUUAUGAGGUGAUCCAGAGAUUACUUCAGUUAAUCUCUGGGCUCUUUGACAGUGUGUGCUGUUCAGCU